AUGGUUCGCUUGCAGCUGACGGCCACUUCAGAAGUGCUUCUGUAUGAGAUCAUCAAUGGACAGGACGAUUCAUUAAAGUGGUUGGCAGAACUUUGUGAUGACUUCGGACCACGCCAACUUGGAUCAGAAGCUUUGGAAGAUGCGAUUGACUGGGUGCUAGCAUCGCUUCGAUCAAUGUCCAUUCUGAACCUGUUCCUGGAUUACCUCACUGGAUACAAGCCUCGACUGCACAAGCUCAACAUACUGGCUAUUGAUGGGUCCCCACCAGGCCAAGUUGAAGGCGAAGUUGUAGUGAUAAGGGAAACAGAAGAACUACAGACAAGAAAUGUGAAAGGCAGGAUUGUGGUGACUGCCCAGAACUGGACAGGUUAUCGUACCACGAUGAGAUUCAGGAAGCUUGCUGCAGAUGCUGCAAAACGGGGAGCGUUAGCAUUACUGGUGAAAUCAGUUACGCCUGUGUCUCUUUAUACCCCUCAUGUUGGAGCAGGAGCGCGAGGUGUGUCUUUAUAUUUGAAAUAG